CUCUUGGUUUAUGUAUGAUAUGAUAACCAAUAAGGAAGAUGGAGCAGGGGCCCUGAAACCCUACUUUGAUAGUUGCACGUUACUGUUGCCAGUAUUUCCAUCCCCCUUAUGAUGCCAUGAUUACUAAGGGGGUAUUUGGCAUGCCGUUAUUUGAAAUAACCGUGAUUUCAAAUUAUGUUUUGUAAACAAGUGUACAAACAACCAACAACUCUUAUUUGAAAACAUGAUCAUGCCAAACAGCAAUAUUGUUUCUAAACAUGUUUUGAGAAAAAGGUUUUAUUAGUCAUGUUUCAGCUGGUUAAAUUUAUUAUUAGUAAUAUGUUGUUAAAUAAAUAAUAUAUAAAGAAGUAAAAGAUUUUUAUAAUUAAUUUAUGCAUAUAUAAAAGUUUUUAAACUCAAUUCUUAACCACAAUUUUUCGCAGCACUAUAGUAAAAAAAAACUACAAUAAUCCAUAUACCUAUUAUGUCUACUGGCUAUGAAGAGGAUGAAAUAAUUAAUGUACUACAAGUUGCCACUACUGCUAGAUUGGAUAGCAUGAUAUCUGACCCUUAAUACAAUAUCUUCUACAACCCUAUCCUCGACUCCCUACAAACAAUCAUAUCAUUAUAUUACUUUUUAUUUCAUUCUCUCUAUAAAAUUGUUAACUGACCGUUCAUAUAAAAUACAUAAAUUAUUGUAUAUAUUAAUCAUGGAAUUGACUUUUUUUAGUAAUCAAAGUAAAAUAUUAUUAUAUUAUUUCAAAACAUGUUUUGUAAAAAUGGUUGUGUCAUGUUUACAAACAAUGGUAUGCCAAACCCCAUUGUUAUUACAAAACAUGAUUUGGCUCAAAACAUGUUUUGAAAUCAUGAUUAUUUCAAAUAACGGUGUACCAAACACUCCCUAAGCUAUCCACAUCACACGAGGCGUCCUACGGACCAAGAACCGUAACACUGUAAUACUGUAUACACGAGCGAGCGCCAAUGAGCGUAGGCAACACUGUCGGUAUCCUUUAUCUAGAUGCCCAGUUGUCAAAAAGCUUCGCGCGUUACAUUGAAUUCUUGAGGGACGAUACACGAAACACCAGCAGUACCGAAACGAGCAUUCCCCCGACCUGUUAUACAAGUACCUCCCAAAGAAAAUACAAACAAUUUUCUUCUGAGCUUUCUCGCCUGACAACUCCCAUUCCAUCUCUCGGGGGGGGGGGGGUUCUUCCAAUUUUUUUAUAGCUGUGACCAUCACACAAUGUCUGCUCGAAUACGCUCCCCAUCCAUCAUGAGCCUAGCAUGUGAACCUCCAUAUUGGCAACCCCAAUAGCCACAAUCCAGCAGAUAACUUACUGUACAACAUAGCUACCAUAGGGCGUACCGUAUCAUCAAUGGGCCAUCCACUAAUUCCCCGGAAGCCCCCGGAACCCGGGUAAUCCCGAGGACGGCGGCCCGCGUACUAUACCUGUUAGGAGUACAUGUACUCGUAUGAGGGAAAAAAGGAAAGGAAAAAAAUAAAAAUAAAAAUACCCAUCGUGUAUACUCGUACAAACCUCAACUUCGGUUCCCCUGUCAUAUCUUCCUCAUCACCUUUUCUCCCUCCCAAAAGCAUCUGUUCCAAACAGACAACUUUUUAUUGUCGUGUUUUUUUGUUUUUUUUUGUAGGGGGGACGCUCAAAUUGGAAAGAUAAGAGGAUCAAGGAUUGCAGAAUUGAUAUAUCGAGUUGCACCAACCCGGACCAUGAUGAACGCUUCCUUGCGAACCGUUGCUCGAGGCUUCCGGUUACACGUGAGGAGGGGCUUAGGAGCAAGAGUAGGAGGGGGAAGAGGUCCACAAGCCGCGGUUAUCGCUUCUACCCGAGGGGGAGCUAGUGGUCUCUUGAGUGUUUGCGGCAACACCUCUUCCUACAUCAUCACGAGUCCACGGUUCCUUAGACAGUUUUCUACCACCUCUUACACUAUGGUUUGUUUCUCCCUCUCUUCCUUUCUAGCUUGUCUGUGGCCCAUGAGUGAGCGGGUGAGCGAGUGAGGGGGUGAGCUAAUUAUUUUUACCUAUUUAUCUUGCUUGAACGUUUGGUUCACAGGCAGAUAAUUUCAGAAUAGAGAGAGAUGCCUUUGGCGAGAUCAAGGUUGAUGCAGACAAGUACUGGGGAGCGCAGACUGAACGGUUCGUUUUAUCCCAUCUCCUCGCGUGUUUGCUCCUGUCGGCGGAAGAAACUGCCAAAGGCUAAUAAGAAUGAGGCUGACGAUUCCCCCAGUUCCCUCACAAACUUCAAGAUCAACCAACCCUUCGACCGCAUGCCCCCGGCCAUCAUCAAAGCUUUCGGCAUCCUCAAGCGUGCAGCGGCGACAGUGAACUUGAGCUAUGGCCUACCCGAGGACAUUGGCAAGGCAAUCCAACAAGCGGCAGACGAAGUUAUUUCCCUAAAACUCCUUCCGCACUUCCCACUCGUGGUCUGGCAAACCGGCAGUGGUACCCAGUCCAACAUGAACGCGAAUGAGGUUAUCAGCAAUCGAGCCAUCGAGAUUCUUGGGGGCGAGAUGGGUAGUAAGAAACCGGUCCAUCCGAACGACCAUGUCAACAUGAGCGCUUCUUCCAAUGAUACGUUCCCCACAGUGAUGCAUAUCGCGGCUGUCAUGGAGAUUGAAGAGAAUCUGCUGCCCAGCCUGAAAGCCUUGUUGGUCGCCUUCCAGGAGAAGGUCAAGGCCUUUGAGAAAAUUAUUAAGAUCGGAAGGACGCACCUUCAGGAUGCUACCCCUUUGACACUGGGCCAGGAGUUUUCGGGAUAUGCUACUCAGUUGGCAUAUGGUAUUGAGAGGAUUGAGGCCACUCUUCCCAGACUUAAGCUUUUGGCACAGGGAGGAACUGCCGUCGGCACUGGACUCAAUACCAAAAAGGGUUUCGACGUCGCGGUCGCCGCAGAAGUUUCCAAGUUGACUGGAACUGAGUUCAAGACCGCGCCCAAUAAGUUCGAAGCGUUAGCAGCCCACGACGCCAUUGUCGAGGCCAGUGGAGCGCUUAACACCCUCGCAUGCUCCUUGAUGAAAAUCGCCAACGACAUUAGGUAUUUGGGAUCCGGUCCCCGCUGCGGUCUUGGUGAACUAAGCCUUCCAGAGAAUGAACCUGGUAGCUCCAUCAUGCCCGGAAAGGUUAACCCAACCCAAUGCGAAGCCAUCACUAUGGUUUGUGCGCAGGUAAUGGGUAUCUUCUCCUCCUCCUUUCUCUUUAUGUCUAUCAACUAACUCCUUCCAGGCAACAACACCGCAAUAACUGUAGCCGGCUCACAAGGCCAGUUUGAACUCAACGUUUUCAAACCCGUCCUUAUCAAGAACCUCCUACAUUCUAUAACUCUCCUAGCCGAUGGCAUGACUAGUUUCAAAGAUAACUGCGUUGUGGGAAUCCAGGCGAAUGAGGACAAGAUUGAAAAGCUCUUGCACGAGAGCUUGAUGCUAGUUACCUGCCUAAAUUCAAAGAUUGGUUACGACAUGGCGAGUAAAGUUGCCAAGAACGCGCACAAGAAGGGAACUACACUGAAGCAGUCGGCGUUGGAAUUGGGGGCUUUGACUAGUGAUGAGGUGCGUAUUUCUCCUUUUUCUCGCGGACAGGUGGUCCCGAUGAAUGAGUGGGUGCUGAUGGGGUUCUAGUUUGAUCAACUUGUGCGUCCGGAGCUCAUGAUCACUCCUAAGUAAACAAAUGGGCAGAUAGGCGGCUGGACAGCUGCUCGCGCAUGGUGAAAGAAUGAGAAAGUGUUCUCUCGCUCCAAUACAAUUAUUUGUACAGGCGAGAUUUCAUUAUUCUGAUUUUUGAACGGCCUUUUCUGAGGGCAAGUCGUGGGUUGGAAAAAACUAAACUUGUAGAGCAAAAUCCCCUCUCUUGAAUAAACUAAAAAUUUGCUAUAAAUUCUCCACUUGUAGAAAUAGCCCUUCCCCUUUAAAUUUCAAAGUUGCUGGUCCCCUUGCACGUUUGUAAGGAUGGCCAGAUAAGCCAGUCGGUAGUCCUGGUCUGGCGGAUAGAGUAGGAUAGGACGGGACAGAAGAGAGAAAUUGCCGUGCCGUAAGGGAACAAAAGAACAUGUUGGGGACCUGAUAUUCGGCUCAAAAAGAAGAGGUCGAAAAAGAUUGGACGUACUGGGAAUCGAACCCAGGACCAUCUCAAAUUUUCAUGAACUCACAAUGAGAUC